UACCCAAGAAAAAAAUAUAUAAAAAAAACAUAUCCCACCACCACAUUAACUUUUCUAGUGGAAUCAAUCACCUGUUUUACAAAGCGACAUCAUCAACCCAUUUGCCGCCUGCUUUUUCUCUCCUCUGCGACUCCGUUUUCUCCGAUGAGUUCUAUCAGUGGAGGUGGUCAGUCCAACAAAGGUAAAAGUGUAGCCGGUCGAUCAAAUGUUGAUGCUAAUCAGUUGAGCCAGGGAGUCCAGGAUGUGAACCUGGAUUCAAGCCAGGAUGGUGGUUGGGAGGUUAUCUCGAAAAAGAACAAAAACAGACCCGGAAACGGUGCUACUACCAAGCAAUGGGCUUCUCAGGCUCCUAAACCUAACGCAUGGGGUCAACCCGAUGGCCAAAGAACCGGUGGACGGGGCACCGGACAGGUUAGGGCUCCAAACAAUGCAUGGGGUGCCCAAACAGGCGGCAGAGGUGGUGCUAGCAACCAACCCGUGAAUCGAUACUACGAGAACAACCAAAAUUCCGCCCCAAACGCAAUCCCGCCACCGCUGCAGAGUGGAUGGAAUUGGAACUCGAGGCCUGGCAACGCCUGGCAGGCGAGGAAUAAUGCUCCAAAUCCUCAAACGUUUGUUGCGGAAGAACAUGUUGAAGAUCACAACGAAAAUGAGGAAGUUGAGGAAUCGGAUGACGAGCUUCUGAGCGACGAGUAUGAUUCGGACGAAAGCCCGAAAACCCACGAGGAGCAAAAGAAGAACCCGUGGUAUGCUGAAUUUUUUCGGACUUUGGAUACGUUGACCGUUGACCAGGUCAAUGAACCAACAAGGCAGUGGCAUUGCCCGGCUUGUCAGAACGGUCCCGGUGCUAUCGACUGGUACAAGAGUCUACAGUCCCUCGUGACUCACGCCAAAACAAAAGGGUCCAAAAGAGUAAAGCUUCAUCGGGAUCUUGCUGUAGUUCUGGAGGAAGAAUUGCGACGAAAGGGAGCUACGGUUAAUCCAGCUGGCGAAGCGUAUGGACAGUGGAAGGGGCUGAGCGAAGUCGUUAAAGACCGGGAGAUCGUAUGGCCACCGAUGGUCGUCAUCAUGAAUACGCAGCUCGAACAGGAUGAAAACGAUAAGUGGCUUGGGAUGGGAAACCAGGAGCUGCUUGACUACUUCGGGUCAUACGAAGCAGUGAGGGCCCGCCAUUCUUACGGGCCAAAAGGGCACAGGGGUAUGAGUGUGCUGAUAUUCGAAUCCUCAGCCGUUGGAUACACAGAGGCUGAACGUCUGAGCAAGCAUUUCGAAGAUGAAGGCACCGACCGAGACGCGUGGGAUCGUCGCCCCGUUCUGUUUUAUCCCGGAGGCAAACGGAAGCUAUACGGCUAUAUGGCAACAAAACGAGACAUGGAUAUCUUUAAUCAGCAUUCUCAAGGGAAAUCGAAGUUGAAGUAUGAGUUGGUAUCUUACCAAGAAAAGGUUGUGAACCAAUUAAAGCAAAUGCACGAGGACAACCAACAAUUGAACUGGUAUAAGAACAGAGUGGUGAAAGAACAGAUGCAUUCAAAAGCACUUGAAGAGUCGUAUGACUUAGUAUCGCAAAGACUGAGGAAAACCGAAGCGGAGAAUCGUAUAGUGAGGGAGAGAACACAACUGUAUCAUGAACAGAACAAGGAAGCGAUGGAUUCCCAAGAGGAAUUUUUCAAAGAUCAGCUUAAGGUAAUUCAAGAAGCCAGGGAUGCGAAAGAAAGCCAUUUUGAUAAGCUGCGACAGGAAGAACGUAAAAGGGUCGAACAAUCUUAUUCUGCUGUUGAUCUUCAGACGAGGGAUUUGAAGCUUGAAGAAAUGAAAGAAUUCGAAGAAGAAAGGGAGAAACUGAUGAAACUGCAUGAAGAAAAGAUGGCGGAAAUGAAGAGCAGGCACUGGAACGAAGAGAUCGAGUUGGAGAAAGGGCUUAAUGCCGAGUUGACUCGGUUGAUGGACAAGUACACCCCAAAAUCAUGAAAUGCUGCUGAUGAGAUACAGAGAGAGAUAAUAGAGUUUAGACUUUAGACUAUAAUAAAAUGCUUGAAUUGCUACUAUCUUCUUGCCACUUUAUUAAUUUAAUGUGUUGUGGAUUGUGUGAUUUUUUCAUUUAUGAUAAAUUAAUCGGACUUUAUUUGGAAGAAA